AUGGGGCGCAAGAAGAACGUCGCCAUCGACGACGACGAGUACUCGUUUCCGCAGGACGACGCGGCCGACCCAGCCCCGCCCGCGCCCGCCGCCGCCGCCGCCGCCGCCGACAAGGAGAAGCCCAAGAAGGGCGGCAAGAAGGGCAAGAAGGGGGGCAAGGCCGCCGCGCCCGACGACGACGACUACGAGCCCCCUCCGCCGCCGCCGCCGCCCGCCGCCGACGAGGACGAGUACGACGAGCCCGUCAACCUCGUCUUCACCGGCAAGAAGAAGAAGAAGAAGGGCGCCGCCCCCACCGCUUCCUUCAGCGCCCUCGGCGAGGAGGACGAAGACCAGGAUGAGGAGGACCCCGCCCCGGCUGCCGCGGCCGAGCCGGAGCCCAGCAAUGAUCCAGCCGAGGACGACGACGACCUCGAUUACGACUUCAGCAAGUCCAAGAAGAAGAAAAAGAAGAAGGACAAGGGGCCUCGCUCGGCGCCUGCUAAAGACGAGGACGACGAGCCCACCCCGCCACCCCCACCUGUGGCUGAGGAGGAGGAUGAGGAGCCCUCAGUGACUGCCGCAGCAGCUGCAAAGAAGCAGCAGAAGAAGAAGAAAAAGAAGGGUGCGUUUAUGAUGGAUGGUGAGAACGUCGACGAGAUCCUUGCGGGGAUGGAGGAGGAUCCUCAGCUCGCGGAUGAGCCUGAGCCAGAGGAGGUGAAAGCUCAGGAUUCUGUGGCUGCCCCUGAUGCGGAUGAUGCCGCGGGAAAGAAAUCAAAGAAGAAGAAAAAGAAGGGAGGGUUUACGAUUGAUGUGGAUGGUGAGGACAUCGACCAGAUCCUUGCGGGGAUAGAGGGCCACCCGCCUCCUGCAGAGGAGCCUGAGCCCAAGGACACCAAUGAUGAGGGAACUGUGGCUGCUGCUGCCCCUGUGGAUGAUGCUGAAGGGAAGAAAUCGAAGAAGAAAAAGAAGAAGAGCGGAAGGACAGCGAAGGAAGAAGAGGAGUUGGAGAAGGUUCUUGCUGAGCUUGAUGGAGUCCCUCCUGCGGAGGAGGACAAGCUAGCGCAGGCACCACAAUCAGCUGCAUUGGCCAAGGAGGACGAUGGAGCUGCAGAGGAUGGUAAUGCGGAGGACAAAGCUGAGGAAGGAGAGGUGGAAUCUGCUGCUGCCAAGAAGAAGAAGAAAAAGAAGGAAAAGGAGAAGGAGAAAAAGGCUGCAGCAAAGGGAGCGGAGGCUAAGAAAGAGGAGAAGGAGCAAGAGGCUCCUAAAGGGAAGGUUGACAUGAAGAAGCUCCCUAAACAUGUUCGUGAGAUGCAGGAGGCACUUGCCAGGAGGAAGGAAGCUGAGGAGAGACAGAAGAGAGAGGAGGAAGAGCGAUUGCGGAAGGAGGAGGAAGAGCGGCUGCGACGCGAGGAGGAGGAGAGGAAAGCGGAGGAAGCAAAGAGGAGGAAGAAGGAGAGGGAAAAGGAGAAGCUGCUCAAGAAGAAGCAGGAGGGUAAGCUCUUGACUGGGAAGCAGAAGGAGGAAGCGAAGAGGUUAGAAGCCAUGAGGAGACAGUUCCUUGAGCAGAGUGAACUCCAAAAGGCUGAGGGUGCUGCCCCUGAGACCAAGAAGAGGCCAAUAUACAAUUCUAAGAAAAAGAAAGCUCAAUCAAAGGCCACAGAGACUGCAAAGGUAGUUGAAGAACAACAGGAAGAACUCAAUGAUGUUAACAAUGAUGAGGAAGAAUAUGUGCUCGUGGAUCAGGAAUCACAAUCUCAGGUUGAGGAAUCCGAGGAGAAAACUGAACCUGACCAGGAGACUGAAGAGCCAAAAUCAGAAGAAGAAGAAGAGGAAGAUGAGGAUGAGUGGGAUGCAAAGAGCUGGGAUGAUAUUGAUGUCAACUUGCCUAAAACAAGCGCUUUUGAUGAGGAAGAGGCAAAGCCUGUUGUCAAGAAGGCUGAGCCUGCCCAGAAACAGGAAAAUACUAAAGCUCAACCUGCGAUGCCUGCUGUCAAAAAGCUUGCCCCUCCUGUUGCAGACUCUAAAAAGAGUGAAACUGAUGGUGGUGGUGCCAAUAAUGGAAAUAUUAAGAGGAACAAAAAGAAAGGACCUGUCAAAGAGGAUAACAAGAAUGGUAGUGACCUCAGAUCACCAAUCUGCUGCAUCCUUGGUCAUGUCGAUACUGGCAAGACAAAGCUGCUAGAUUGUAUUAGACGCACUAAUGUGCAAGAAGGCGAAGCUGGUGGUAUUACCCAACAGAUUGGAGCGACAUACUUCCCUACUGAAAACAUUAGAGAGAGAACUAGGGAGUUGAAAGCUGAUGCUACACUCAAGGUUCCAGGCCUGCUUGUUAUUGAUACCCCUGGGCAUGAGUCCUUCAGUAAUCUGCGUUCUAGAGGUUCAAGUUUGUGUGAUAUUGCCAUUUUGGUUGUUGACAUCAUGCAUGGGCUUGAACCUCAGACAAUUGAAUCCCUGAAUCUUUUGAAGAGUCGAGAUGCAGUGUUCAUUGUUGCUUUGAAUAAGGUUGAUCGUCUUUAUGGUUGGAAGAAAUGUCCAAAUGCUCCUAUUGUGAAGGCUUUAAAACAGCAAAAUGAAGAUGUUAAGAGGGAGUUCAAUAUGAGACUUACAGAUAUUGUUACACAAUUCAAGAUGCAAGGAGUGAAUACAGCUUUGUACUACAAGAACAAGGAGAUGGAAGAUACCUUUAACAUAGUGCCUACGAGUGCUGUAAGUGGUGAAGGCAUUCCUGAUUUGCUUCUAUUGUUGGUUCAAUGGGCACAGAAGACAAUGGAAGAAAAACUUACUUUUGUUGAUGAAGUCCAGUGUACUGUACUGGAAGUUAAGGUCGUUGAAGGUCAUGGUACUACAAUUGAUGUUGUUUUGGUCAAUGGUAUACUGCAUGAAGGAGAUCAAAUAGUUGUUUGUGGCAUGCAGGGACCCAUUGCGACAACUGUCAGGGCUUUGUUAACACCACACCCAAUGAGAGAGCUUCGAGUUAAGGGCACCUACCUACAUCAUAAGGAGAUCAGAGCUGCACAAGGAAUCAAAAUAUCUGCUCAGGGUCUCGAACAUGCAAUUGCAGGGACAGCUCUUUACGUGUUAGGACCUGAUGAUGAUUUAGACAAACUGAAGGAAGCUGUUAUGGAAGAGAUGGCACGGGUUAGGAGCCGGAUUGAUAAGAGUGGUGAGGGUGUCUAUGUACAGGCAUCUACCCUUGGGUCUUUGGAAGCUCUCACUGAGUUCUUGAAGAGCCCUGCUGUGAAUAUUCCCUUCUGUGAUUUCAGUAUAGGGCCAGUGCACAAGAAGGAUGUUAUGAAGGCUAGUGUUAUGCUUGAGAGAAAGAAAGAAUAUGCAACUAUCUUGGCCUUUGAUGUCAAAGUGAUGCCUGAUGCCCGCGAGCUUGCAGAAGAGUCCGGUGUGAGGAUCUUUGUGGCUGAUAUAAUAUACCACCUUUUUGACCAAUUUACAGCAUACAUUAAGAACCUCAAGGAAGAGAAGAAGAAGGAAAGCGCUGAAGAAGCUGUGUUCCCUUGUGUUCUUAAGAUUAUGCCAAACUGUGUCUUCAACAAGAAGGAUCCAAUCGUUUUGGGUGUUGAUGUCCUUGAAGGAAUAGCUAAGGUGGGAACUCCUCUCUGCAUACCCACUAAAGAAUAUAUUGAUAUUGGGAAGAUUGCCUCAAUUGAAAUCAAUCACAAGCAAGUUGAUACGGCGACAAAAGGACAAAAGGUCGCUAUUAAGAUUAUCGCAAACAAUUCUGACGAGCAGCAGAGGAGCUUCGGCAGACACUUUGAUAUGGAAGAUGAGCUUGUCAGCCGGAUAUCAAGACGAUCUAUUGAUAUUUUGAAACAAAACUACAGGGAGGAUUUGUCUAUUGAAGACUGGAAACUUGUUGUAAAGUUGAAAGCAAUAUUGAAAAUACAAUGA